UGCAUUUCUUUGAACUUGAAAGAAAAUAUUAUGUGCUUGUAAUAGUCUUAUCUCAAUAUUCAUGUAAAGUAGUCUUUUACGCACGUGCUAUAUUUAUUUAUCUACUAUUAUGUUCACAAGUGCGUGAACUUGAAAACUUGAAUCAUAACAAUAAAUCAACAAUAAAAAGAAACAUAUUGUUUUAUCGGAAAUAAUGUUAUUUUUAACGAUAAAAAUGUACUUUUCAACAUUAUUGUUUAUUUUAUCGAUAUCCGUCGCAUACAGUCAAGAUAGAAAGAUAACAUCCAUUUUAAAUCCCGACUGCAAUGCGUGCACCGAUUUUGACACAUUAUUAUACAUCAGGGCUGAUGGUGCUCAUGACUCGAUCCAUCAAGUGUGGGACUUCACGAGGAGAACACCCACAGUCAUAUUCUUAAUCUCAAGUCUCAAUUUGACUCUGAACGUUACAUGGAACAGUGAGACACCUAAGUUUACAUUUUCUGAAGAACCCAAGUACAGUUUUGCUAUUGCAAUUGACAAGAUCUACGAGUACAACGACACAGAAGACAAUGGCCACUUCGACGACCGGUACCCCCAGCGGCCGUACCCACUCAACGACUUGCUGUGGAUUCGCCAAGACUUGGUACAGUCCAAUAAUGAGGUCAAGCUCAUAAUGCGGGCACACCACUUGAACGACUACCAAAAAGGCACCAUUGAAAUUAAGCUGGAUCUGCUCCCCUAUCAAGAUUACGCCGUGGACCUCCCCCACCUGAUCCAUACGUCCAACUCGACGCUCAUAGACGUGAACCUUGUGAACCUGACCUGUUCUGAGGACUACCAAGCGUCGCGGUUCGCGCUUCACUUUUUACUAGUCAGCACUGACAGGAAGAAUGACACCAUGAAUUACACCAUGAGAAAGAGCUUGGAUGAUGAGCAUACGCCCGGAGUUUUCGAGAUAGUGGAGAUAGUGACGCCGGCGUCCCGGCGGCGCGGCGUCGGCGGCUUCCUGCAGUUCCGGCCCGUCGCGUACACGCAGCCGCAGCGCGGCGUCUCCGUCUCUACCAGCGCACACGUCUCCCACUUCAACAGAACGGAACUGCGCAACGAUAGUACAUUGAAAACGUUCUACCGCCACUUCGACCGCGACAACGUCCUCGUACAAGACAUGGUCGUGUCGUUCGGAGACGCCGCGGACGGAUACUACAAGCAGCAGAAUUACACUUCAUGGUCGUUCACAGUCGGCCACGGUACACCUCCGAAGGAGGGUUUCUCGCUGUUCGUGAUCAUGAUUAUAUCCAUUGGACUGGGAAUACCAGUGACACUGGCUCUGUCCAGCGUCGUCUACCUGGUAGUCCGAAAGUACAAGCACAGGAAUCCGCCCACGAGGCUGCUGAACGAUGAAUGACUCGGCUAUAUGUUCACGCUAUUAGAAAAUGAAUAAGGGCUAUGAUAUGUGUAUAUAAUUAUUUUUAAAUGUCCUUUUUUAUGGUUGAAGAUGGAUUGGUAUUACCUGAGUUAUUGGUAUACGCUGGCGUGUCACCAAUGGAGGUAAAACUAUGAGGAUCAGGUCACUUGACCUAUCGUGGUAACUUCACAAGGAAUUAAAUUAAAGCUUCUAGGGGGGUACCGCGUAGUGGUCGACCUGACCUGUAUAUAACAUUAUAAUUCGUGUGGGAUAGAUUAUCUUUAACCCCCCCCCCCCUAAUCUAGUGUUUCAAUUGCCCACAUGUAUUUGUUGCUUUUUUUAUAAUAGUAAAUAUCCUAGCUUGAGGACAGGGCCAUAUUAUUAUAUACGUAAAGCAGAUGACUCCUACCAUCUUAGAAAAAAUCUACGGGCUUGUUGGCACGUAGUUACGUUUACAUUGUCAUCCCAAACUAUUGAUUAAUUUUCAAUUUAAUCCCGUUAAAAAUAAAAAUAACAAUAUUAAUAAAUAUUUAGCUGUCCUGAAUGCAGGGUAAACAUUAAAUGGAGGAAGUUAUGCAGAAAGCAAGCAUAUCUAAUGGAUAUCUUAAGAGAAAUGGCCGUUUUCUGCAUCACUACUUCUAAAUAGUGUUCUUAUGUUUGAUGUAUUAAUUGUGAUUCUGUGAAUCGCUUAAGUCGUCGCUGCGAUUUGCACUUAGGUCCUAUUUUGCGUGCUCACUUGACGUAAUCGAUUUGGUGUCAAAUCGAAAUCACAUCGAAUCUAUUUCAAAUGAACGUUAUCUUAUACUUGACUAUUUAAAUCGACGUCAAAAUAACUUUAAUAUGACUUUCAUAAACGUUUUUAAGAUUAUACUCCAGAGGGCGCUAGCCCCUUAUAAAAAAGACAUAUUAUGUACUAUUAGACAUGACUUUUUUAUGCAACUUAAAAUGGCAAACAAGCUGAUGGCCUACCUGAUAGAAAGUGGUAACCGUCGCCUAUAGACAUGAGCAGUACCAUGGACAUAACAGAGUAUACUGUUUCGUCCAUGAUACCCCCCAUGCGUUGCCAUUCCUAAGGUCUUAGGUGACUGCACAUAGUUAAAAGCUCCGUUCGUAUCCUAGGGUGGGUAUCGGACAAUUCUGUGGUGGGCACGGCCCUCCCGGCUCCCCUUUAAAUACUCUAAUGAUCACUAUUCGAUGUGAUUGCGAUUUGAUCUCGAUUCGAUUGCAUUAUAAGUCACUUUGCCAACUGUGUUUAUAUAAUACCAUGUUAGUUUUAGUUUAGUCAAAUUUAAUGAUUUCAUAAAUUAUUAUAUAGUCAAAAGAUUAAGGACUUUGAAGAAAUCUGAUUGCAUGUACAUGUUUAUAUUGUUAAGUAAAGGUAUUGAUACAUAUGAAAUGAAAAAUGCACUAAACUAAUUAUCAAAGGAAACUCUUGUAGAGUUAUGCUCACCAUUGUAUAUUUGCUUUGCAUUGUCAUAUUUCUUUAUGCAUUAUUAGUGUGUAUAAUAAAUAAAUAAUAAUAAAACAACGGUUAACUUAGAAUUCCAACGAUAUGGACUAAUUUACCUGUAAUAAAGGUCUGAGUAAAUAUGUAUAUACGGGUUGUGAGAAUGUUUCAAAGUGUACAAGUCUGAAGCAGAAAUUAAGGACAUAGACAAUCUAGAGAUUUAAUGAACAAAAAUAUGACUAUUAUAUAAUAAUAAAAACAUAAUAAUAUUUUCCAACAUGAGCAUAAUUCAAUUGAUAAACUGUAAAAAAAUAAUGUAUAAUUAACUAUAUGAUUGUUGUAGAUUUAUCUUCUUAUUCGUAAAAACGGAAAAUUUUACAAACCUAUUUUAACUAUUACACUGGUUUGUCACUCUCUUUCAACUUGUGAUAAUUCCAAAUGCAUAAUAUAAUAGUGCUAAUGCAGAAAGGCGAAGGAUGGGCAGCAGCGUCCCUCUUAAAACAUCUCUAAAAGCCUAACUGUGGUUGUUAACACGCCUGCCAAGCGUGGCAACUACUGGCAAAACUUCCCUUAUGGGAAAGGCUUAUGUCCAGCAGUGGACAGUUAAGGGCUGAAUUAAUAAUAAUAAAAUGUAGAAAAGAAAGAGAUAAAACAGUUCAAUAUCUAAAAUAGGUCGAGAUGUUUGACGUUUUUACGAAUAAGAGGGUCCACUUAAAUCCUGUGCUUUAAUCAGAUACCUUGCUUUCCGAAGUGCAUAAUACUCUAACAUUGUCUUCGUCUCUAUAAAUGUGAAGAUAACAUUUGAUAUAAAGACUAAGCCCUUACGAUUCAUAAAAAUGUCAACCCUGUUUUAUCUCAUUAUUUUGCACUGAAUUCCCAAUUUGAAAGAGGCAAAAAAGUGUAAUAGUUAAAAUAGGAACGUUUUAAUUUUUAUGAAUAAGAUGGUGAUAUGUUUAUAACAUCUAGAAUAAGUUUUUAUAUAUUUAUAAAUAAUAUACAUAUACAUACGUGCCUAUAAAUAGUUUAUUAAAUGCAUGUCAGUGAUGAAAUUUUAUAAACAAUCAUAAAUGUAAUCCCAGCCACCUAGAUAGGUAGCAGACAAAUCUCUUGAUAGAUACGUUAUCGCUGCGUAUGUACGAGACAAAAUCAGACAGCGACGUCCUACUUCUUUCUCUUUCAUUUGCAUGCGAUAAUAAAAACGUACCUAUUGAUAGAUUUGCUUGCCCACUUGUCUAGGAGACCAGGUUUUUACAUUCAGAAUUAUAAAAUUACGAGGCCUUUCCCAUAAAGAAUAAGAAAAUAUUUUUAUUAUCGCCGAAUAACCACAAAAGUCCAUUCAUUUAAGUAAACAAAAAUGAUGACAAGAGAUUUAUGUAUGUAGAGGAAUUCAAGAAUGUGUGACGAGUGUUUCAUUAUUUUGAUAAAAAGUUAAAACGCAAUGGAUGUAUUUAUUGUUAAUGUAUAAUAUUUGUAGUUGACUAUAUACUAAAUAGUGAUAUGUUAGUAUUAUAUAAUUGCCAGUACCUAACACAAUUGUUAAUUUAUGUGCAGUGUGUCACCAAAAUUAGUAGUAAAUUAGUUUUAUGGGAAUUUUCUGGAAUAUUAAUUCCAGAAAAUCCUCAAAAAACAUUACUACAAUUUUUUUACUACGAAUAUAAUUUUGUUAAUAGAACUACACAUAAUUAGGGUUAAAUGAUUCCAAUAAAUGGAAACACUGUCUCUUUGGUAAGAAGAAAUGUUUGUUACUGCGACUAGUAGAUACAUUGUUUUGACUGUUAGAUGUAGGGGAGAAACAAAUAGGUUAUAGUGACGACAUAAUAUUUUAUAACAAAUAAAUUACUGUACUGAAGAACUACCACUAUUAUCGUAGUGAUUAACUCCGUUAAUAGUCCACUACAAAUACCUAAAAAUAAAAUAAUAAAAUCAAUUGGUGGUUAAUAAUAAUCCACAAUAAUUUUAUAAUAAUUUACAAAGAUAACUUUUUUUUAUAGCAAUAUUUCUUUACAGUCGUCACUCACAUUAUACCAACUAGAUUUAUAGACAAAUUUGUAUAUUUUUAUAAUUUUUAUUGUUUAAGUUAUUAGCUUGUAUUUUCAAUGUGAUAUUAAUUUGAUUAUCUGUUUAUGUAUAAAGUUCUCAAUAAAGUAUUUUACUAUUUA